AUGUCGUACACAGUCGAGACCAAGACCAUUGAUGCUGCUUUCCCUCGGUCGCCAGGAUCGACGCUUCUCGUUGGAGAAAAGCUCAAGUUAGUGUACAAUCGCUACAAGAACACCCAAACAGCACCAGCUGGAGCCAUACGGUACAACUUCGUGUUUUCACACGGCACUGGUAUGAAUAAGUCGGUUUGGAAGUACCACAUCCACCAGCUCUACCAACGCUCGGGAGCUCAGUUCUACGUGGAUUCCGUGGUGUCCAUCGACGCUGCUGGCCAUGGCGACUCAGCGUUGUUGAAUGCAAACAAUUUGGGCUGGGUAUGCAACUGGGGAGACCACGGCAAGGAUAUCAACGCUGUGGUCAAGUACGAGCAGAACACCACAGGCGACUUCCAGAACGGACUUGAGUCCAGAACAAUCGCCAUUGGCCACUCGUUUGGGGGCCAUGGAGUGAUUCUUGCUGCGUUCUACGAGCCAGACCUUUACGACUCCAUCGUGCCUAUCGAGCCAGUGGUGUACGGAACUCCCGAGAGCGUAGCCAAGUUUUCCAAAAUCUUCUCCAAGUUGUCGAACUUGCUUCUCGACGACUUCGACUCGCUCGACGACUUCAACGACUACUUCACCAAGUUCUCUAUCUUCAAGACCCUCGACAAGCGAGUUCUUGCAGACUUUAUGAAGGACGAAUUGCACGUGGAAAAGGACAAGGAAGGCGAAACACACUACAAGACCAAGGCUUCCAACUUUGCCCAAAUGACCUGCUACUUCGGGUCUGCGGUAUCUAUUCCCUUCUGUAUGGAAAUCCAACACUUGAUCAGAGUCCCCGUUCACCAUGUCACAGGUAAGAAGGCCACAUGGAACCUCCCAGAAGGUGCUCCCUUCUUCAGGAGCCACGUCCAAGAAAGGUUCAUUUCAAGUUUCGAUCUGGAGGAGGGCCAGCACAUGAUGAACGUCGAGAGACCAGACGAAACCGUGGAAAUUAUCGUUGAUUAUGUGUUGAAGAGACAGGAAGACUUCAAGAAGGAAAGAGAAACCUUGCAGGAGGUCAAGUACCAAGGAGACAAGCACAAGAUCAAGGAGACACAGUUCGACUUGCUCAAGCGCGGUGACCUUCUUUCCUUGAGUGGAGCUGAGAAGCUUACUGUUCCCGCAAAUGCGUUGGCCAAGUUAUGA